AUGAAGGAUGGAACUCAGACAUCUGAUGAGAUUCAGUUCGCUGACAGCUGGAAGGUUGGUGACGUCCCGGGUUGCUCGUCUAGCUGCACCGGGGACUGCUCAGUCUGUAGUGAGGCUCAGAAACAAACCUACAAGGGAGACCAGUACUGUGGGGUCCUCAUCCGACAGAACGGGCCAUUCAGACAGUGCCACAGGGCCAUCGACCCAGCUCCGUUCUUUGAUGAUUGUGUCUUUGACACCUGCCACUACAAGGGUCAUCGUGAUACUUUGUGCAGCGCAAUCAGUGCCUAUGUGACAGCCUGCCAGGCCAGGGACAUCCGGAUAGGGCAGUGGAGAUCGGCCUCAUUCUGCAGUCUCACCUGUCCCCGGAACUCUCACUACGAGUUCUGUGGGAGCAGCUGUCCUGCCACCUGCCACAGGCCCUCGGCUCCAGACACAUGCGAGGAGCCCUGUGUGGAAGGGUGUUUCUGCGACACCGGAUUCAUCCUCAGCGGAGACCGGUGCGUCCCCAUCGUGCAGUGCGCCUGUGUGCACCAGUGCAGGUACUACCAGAAGGGAGAAGAGUUCUACACCAGUGCCUCCUGCCAGGAGCGGUGCCGGUGCCAAGGCAACGGGGUCGUCGAGUGCCAGGCAGCCUCCUGUGGAGCCAAUGAGGAGUGCAGGGUGGAGAACGGAGUCCUGGGCUGCCACCCCAUGGAGUAUGGAACCUGCAUAGUCUCCGGUGACCCUCACUGCUUCUCAUUUGAUGGAUGGGCCUUCGACAUCCAGGGCUCCUGCGCUUACACCUUAGCCAAGGUCUGCAGCAGUGACCCCCGGCUGGUGGACUUCUCCAUGGUGGUUGAGAACGAGAGUGCUGGUGGUGGCCGUGUGGCUCGGACAAGGGCGGUGGUGGUCUCCGUGCAUGGUUACACCAUCUCUCUGGAGAGGGGAAGGAAGUGGAAGGUGGCGGUGGGUGGAGAGCUCUACACCCUCCCACUGACUAUGGACGACGGGAAACUUCGGAUCAACCAGGAAGGGAACAACAUCAUUGUCCAGUCUGCCUCUGGCCUCCAAGUCUUUUAUGACACUGCCUCCUACCUCCUAGUGUCCAUCCCCAGCACCUACAAGGGACACAUGUGCGGCUUGUGCGGCAAUUUCAAUGGUGACAAAAACGAUGACUCCCUGCUGCCCAAUGGAAAGAGCACCCAAAGUUUGAGCGAGUUUGUCAUCUCCUGGAAGGUGCCUGUUGAUGGUGCCAUGUGCUGCGAUGGCUGCGGUGAGAGAUGCCCCAUCUGUGAUGGGGCCCAGACAGCACCGUACCAGUCCGAGAGCUCCUGUGGGCUGAUCAGAGCCACCUCAGGUCCCUUCAGAGAUUGUCACUCGCUGGUCAGCCCUGCCACGUACUUCAACCACUGUCUCCACGACAUGUGUGCUACCAACGGGACGGGAGAGACCCUCUGCCAGAGCCUCCAGACCUAUGCGGCCGCAUGCCAGACAACUGGGGCCAAGAUCAGAGCCUGGAGAACAGCCUCCUUCUGCCCCCUUGCCUGCCCACUCAACAGCCAUUAUGAGCUGUGCACCAAGUCCUGCGAUUUCACCUGUGCUGGCUUGUCUGCCCCUGCUCAGUGCACCCAGAAAUGCUUUGAAGGCUGCCAGUGCAAUAGUGGCUACAUGUUUGAUGGGGAGGAGUGCGUGUCCAUGGACAGGUGCGGCUGCAUGAAUGAUGGACGCUACAUCAAG